AUGACUGCGGUUCCAAGACCCCCCAAGGAUCACUUCAAUGUGUUGUUCUUUGCCAGCGCCGGCUCUUUCACGUCCAAACAGCAUGAGGCCCUCCCUGCCCCAAUGUCUAUUAAAAAGCUUUUCGACGUACUCGAAGAGAACUACAGCGGUAUCAAAGAGAGGAUAUUGGAGUCCUGCUUGGUAACAGUCAACCUUGAAUACGUAGAUAUCCCGGGCCCUGAUAAUGGUGAUGGCCUGGAGAUCCGGGCCGGCGAUGAGGUAGCCGUCAUCCCUCCCGUCAGCUCUGGCUGA